CCGCGCCUGCGCCGUGGGGCGGCGGCCGCAGCGCGCCUGCGCCGUGCCCGCCAGGCCUAUAUAGGGAGCGGCGGCAGCGGGCUGCGGCACCGCUGUCAGGCGCGAGGAGACGAGGCAGAGGAGACGAGACGAGAGGAGAUGGAGGCGGUGGUGCGGCGGUGCCCGUUCCUGGCGCGCGUGCCGCAGGCCUUCCUGCAGAAGGCCGGGCCCUCGCUGCUGCUCUACGCCCAGCACUGCCCGCGCAUGAUGGAGGCGGUGCCGCCCGCCGCCCGCGCCCUCGCCACCUCCGCCGCCCGCCGGCAGCAGGCCGAGGAGACCCCCGCCGCCCGGGGCGAGGCCAAAACCACCAAAGAUGUGGCAGAACAGAACACCAGUGGAUCCCAGCCACCUGCUGGCCACCCCCCUGCUGCUGCUAGCCCCCCGAGCUCUGCUACUAAAUGCCCGUUCCUGGCAGCUCAGAUGAAUCACGGGAACAGUAAUGUUUUCUGCAAAGCCAGCCUAGAGCUCCAGGAAGAUGUGCAGGAAAUGCAGUCGGAGAGGAAGGGUACAGAAUUUGCCAAAACACCAACUAAGUUGGCAGUGAGGAACACUGAGGCUAAGGGAGAAGAGCAGAGUGGCUUGCUUAAGAAGUUUAAGGAUAUUAUGCUGAAGCAAAGACCAGAAAGUGUGUCUCAUCUGCUUCAGGAUAACUUGCCAAAAUCUGUGUCCACCUUCCAGUAUGAUCAGUUCUUUGAGAAGAAGAUAGAUGAAAAGAAGAAGGAUCAUACUUAUCGAAUAUUCAAAACUGUGAACCGAAAGGCACAAAUCUUUCCCAUGGCAGAUGACUAUACUGAUUCUCUUAUCACCAAAAAAGAGGUGUCUGUAUGGUGCAGCAAUGAUUACCUGGGGAUGAGUCGUCACCCUCAUGUGUGUGGAGCAGUUAUGGAUACACUGAAACAACAUGGUGCUGGAGCAGGAGGCACAAGAAAUAUUUCAGGAACAAGUAAAUUUCAUGUCGAUUUGGAAAAAGAACUAGCUGAUCUUCAUGGAAAAGAUGCAGCACUAUUGUUCUCAUCUUGCUUUGUAGCCAAUGACUCCACCCUCUUCACUCUAGCUAAAAUGCUGCCAGGCUGUGAGAUUUACUCCGAUUCAGGAAACCAUGCCUCCAUGAUUCAGGGGAUUCGAAACAGCAGAGUGCCAAAGCACAUAUUUCGCCAUAAUGAUGUCAACCAUCUUCGAGAAUUACUGAAGAAGUCUGAUCCGUCUACUCCUAAAAUUGUUGCAUUUGAAACUGUUCACUCAAUGGAUGGUGCAGUCUGUCCUCUGGAAGAGCUAUGUGAUGUGGCCCAUGAGUACGGGGCAAUCACUUUUGUAGAUGAAGUGCAUGCCGUGGGGCUGUAUGGAGCUCGAGGUGGUGGUAUAGGAGACCGGGAUGGAAUCAUGCACAAAAUGGACAUCAUCUCUGGAACACUUGGCAAAGCAUUUGGUUGUGUAGGAGGGUACAUCUCCAGUACAAGUUCUCUAAUAGACACUGUGCGUUCAUAUGCUGCUGGCUUCAUUUUCACAACAUCCCUGCCACCCAUGCUCUUAGCUGGCGCGCUAGAAUCUGUCAGAACUCUAAAGAGCGCAGAGGGGCAAGUUCUGAGACGCCAGCACCAACGCAAUGUUAAGCUUAUGAGACAGAUGCUAAUGGAUGCAGGGCUUCCUGUGGUGCACUGCCCCAGUCACAUCAUUCCAAUAAGGGUUGCAGAUGCUGCUAAAAAUACAGAGAUCUGUGACAAGCUGAUGAGCCAGCACAGCAUCUAUGUCCAAGCAAUCAACUACCCCACAGUUCCCCGUGGAGAAGAGCUGCUACGUAUUGCCCCUACACCUCACCACACCCCUCAGAUGAUGAGUUACUUCCUUGAAAAACUGCUGGCUACAUGGAAGGAUGUUGGUCUGGAGCUGAAACCACACUCUUCAGCUGAAUGCAACUUCUGUAGAAGGCCUCUGCAUUUUGAAGUGAUGAGUGAACGGGAAAGAUCCUAUUUCAGUGGCAUGAGCAGACUAGUAUCUGUCAGUGCUUGAAAGUAAUGGUGUUAAUCUUAUUCUUGUCUAGUUCUAGUACCCAGUCAGUAGCAUUUUUAAAUUCUUAAUAAGCAUUUUAAUCAUAGUUGAAGCACUAAGCUCUGAGAAUAAAUUUCUAGAGCCAUUACA